UUCGGAGUGGCGUCCAGCCCCGACGCCGGCUUCCAGGACGCCGCUCCGGGCUGGGAAGGCUCCUGAGCUAAUGAGCUGUAAUUACCCGCUGCGGCGGGUGGCCGGCCGGCUUCUGUUUGCGUUCGCAGCGGCUUCCUCCUCCCCCGCGCGCCCCCGCCCCACGGCCGCCCUCCGGGUUCCCGCUCGCGGCUCCGCCGCGGCCUCUUUCCCGAAAGGAGUGGUCUGGGGAGCAAAUGGCGUCAAAAGGAGAGGACCCUCCUCUCCUCCCGCUUGAGUUGGAUGGGUUCUUCCGAGUAGGGUCGGGUGCCCAAAAGACUGUGCCGAGGGAAGAAGGGCAGGGGCCGGGGCGCGGGCGCGGGGUUCCCGGGGUCGCGGCGGCUGCAGCAGCGCCUCGAGGGCCUGGGUCGCCGGGCCCCAGCUGCGCCCGCUCCCUUCCUCGCCCCGCGGCGGUGGCUGGCGCGCGCGGCCUCGCCGCUCGCUCCUCUUUCCUCCUCGCUUGCCGCCUUUGUUUUGGAGACACACGUGUAUUUAGGAGCCCAGCCCGGGUGGAAAGGUCACAGGCACUUCAUUGCUCACGGGUGACAGCGCGUCCCGCAGCCCCGGUGGGCGCACGGAGCCCAGCCAGACUGGCCAGCCUCAGCCGGGCCGCACUGGCCGGCCUGCUCCAGGCGGCCUGGUCCGCAAUCUACGACCUGGCGACUUGUGUGACAGGGACACAAAUUACUUGGGCCACGUACACCAGCUUUGAGGCUGGAGGGUGUACGGAGUUGGGCAGGUUCUCUUCUAAGUGCCUGCGACCCUCCGGGUCUACUCCUCCUAGGCCUUGUGGCCCUGAGAACGCCUAGGCCGCAGCCAGUCCCGGGUCCAGUUCCAGGCGACCCAAGGGAAUCUAGCUGUCCUCGAGCCCUGUCGCCUUGUGGUGCUAGGGUGCAGCGAAGGAAGGAAUGUCCAGGCUCCUAGAAGUGGUGUUCUGUGGGUGUCCCUUGCUUUUCCUUUUCUGGGCCAGGCAGCUAGAGGUUUCUAGUGGGAGCUUGUGGCUCCCAAGAAGCCCCUCGUAGCUCCCACAUACUGUCGGGAGAAGAGCUGUUUCUUCUUAUGUUUGCGGGUUUGAAAAAUUAAGAAUGGAACAUGUGUGUGUCUAGGAAGGUGUUUGUAUUAAACACACCUUGUUAUUUCUGCAAGAGUUGUCUCUGUAGUAGUUCUGAGUCAUGUGGGAGUUGAUAGAUUUAAAAAACAAAACGCACAUGUGUAAUGUUUUCUAUUGUCUAUACAUUUGCUUUUGAACUCUCAUAUCUAAUGUAAGAGAAAGAAACUCUU